CCAGGGACGGGACUCUGGAUUUGACCACAAUGACCUUCCGUCCAAGCCGUCCCAAUGACUACUUCACUCUGUGGUCCAAUGCCUACUUCAACGAUCAAAAUACUGCCGAGGUGCUGAAGGCCAUGGACCACCUCACCGACAUCAUCCGAACCAUCUUUACGGAUCCAGCACAGUUCGACUGGAACAUGCGCUACUUUGCCAGCCUGCUGGAUGGAUCCAAUGAUGAACAGUUCCUCGUCCUCGGUAUCGGCGAUUCAUCCAAUGGCAAGUCCCUGAUCAUCAAGAUUCUUCGAAUGACUCUGGGCUCCGCUUAUACUAAAAUGCUGCCCAGCAGCUACCUGUUCACAAGCUCCAACAGCAGCUCGACGGCGACGCCAGAGGUGGCAUCGAUCUCGAAUGCGCGAUUUGUGUAUGUGUCCGAGCUUGAGCGGAAGGGAAACAGGCCUCGACCAUUGAAUACAAUGCGCAUCAAGAACCUUGUCGGCGGCGACGAGGUCGGCUUUCGCGACGUCUACCAGGGUCAUAGUUCAAAGGAACUCAGGAUCAAGUUCAUGAUCAUGUGCAACCCUGAAGACAUCGACCUGGCCCACUUGACCAAGUACGAUGCAGUGUAUCGACGAGUCGUAUUCAAUCCCUAUCGCUCAAAGUUUGCCAUGAACCAGGAUCAAUAUCGCGCUUAUCAGCAGAAAUAUCCUGGAGCACCUGUGUUUAUGAAGGACGAGACUCUGGGAAGUAUUAUGGAGCGACAGGAGUACAAAAAUGCGAUGCACUGUCUCAUGUGCCAAUGGUACCCCAAGUACAGCAGCGGCGGCUCGUUGCUGAGGACAAGGCCGCCGAUCAUGAACGAGAAGGCGAUCCAAGAUAUGGGUCCCAGCACUGAUAGUGUGGCCGAGUUCAUUGUGUAGGAGAUGGUAUCUCCGACGCUGUGCUGCGCGUACUGCGCGUACUGCGCGGCGCAGUGGGUCGUGACCUGUGCUGCGCUUUGCGUUUUCACGCACCGCAGGCAGGCCACCGCAGGGUAUACCUGCGGGUUGCCCCCGUUCCCC